AUGCAGACGAACUGGGACCUGGGUUUCCGUUCAUUACUUUUGAGUUGGUUCGUGAAUGAGUUGGACGUGGUUGUCGUUGCUGUUCUUGUGAAGGAUGCGGAGGUGGGUGUGGCGGAAACACAGGAUAUUGUUGUUGUUGAAGUGUUGGAGGUUGAGCACGAUAUGACUCUCGUUCCCGUGUCGAAAAUUGCAGAGUUUGUUCCCUUUGCUCUCUGGUGGUCGUACCCUGUGCUGGAGCCGUGGAAGAAUGUUGCUGGGUCGGCUGGUCUCGCUGGUGUUGUACCGACUGAGGAUGAGCUCGAAAAUGGUAGCUCUGGGUCGGGAGCGAGGGUUGAUUCGACGAAGAAUGGAGGUCGACGCGGUAAGAUGGUGGUGGUCCUAGAAGCGGCGGUGCGUGCGCCGACGUCGUCGGAGGCUGUUGCGCGCCGGGGACUAUUGAUGGCGAGGCUGGAAUCCCUUCUGGCGACAUGCCCAAAAUCCGCCCUCGACAACGUCGGCGGUCGUCCACCGCUGUACACCUCAAGGUCAUAUUCUGAACGGUAUUCCACAGCUGGCCUGCCAGAAUCGUGGUGGGACUCUGAAUCUCGUCGCUGUCGUUUGGUCGGAGGAGGAGGAGCGUAUGCACGGUAUGCCGAGAGCACCAUGGUCGUCGUUGCUGUGGGUGAAGAAGCUUCUUGUUGUGGUUGA